CAGACGACGGCGAUACCGUCGAACGCUCAAAACUUCACAGCCAUGGAGGACGCCAUAUCCCGCAUUAUCACGGAGCUCGAACAAGUCCGCCAUUUCGACGACUCCACAAAUCUCCACUCCCAUCCUCCGCCGCCGCUCUCCGAUUCCGCUCUCUUCGAUCUUCAGAGCUUGUCCGACAACUCACCCGGCACCGAUGAACAAGAACCACUCGACCGCCUCUACGAGGACCUCUCCGCCAAAUCUCUCUCUCCCUCCUCUCUCGUCCGCGCCAUCGCCUCCGCCAUGGACGAGCCUUCCUCUCGCAUUUCCAUCUUAGCCUCUAGAGUCUAUCUGUGCCUUAUUCUAGCCCCAAAUGCGCCGGUUUUUACACUGUUCAAUCCGAUGGAUUUUCUCUCGUUUCUCCGGUCUAUUCGGCGACUCUUGAAGCAUCGACCGCGGGAUCCACCGGAUGAGGAUAAUCCAAAUCAGGAGUCCAAUGCUCCCAAACGGAAGAGGAAGGGCGGUGUUAAGGUUAUGGGUUUGAGGAAUUGUUCUCAGAGGCAGAGUUUGAAUAGUGGAGGCGACGAUGGUGCGUUCGAUGCUAGAGUUUUGUAUCCGGUGCUUGAGAGGUUAGAGACUUUGAUGGGUUUGAUUCAUUUAGAUCGAUUUCCGGAUAGUUUGAAGUCUUUGGUUGAAACAGUAAUUGACAUCCCGGUUUUGGCACUUGAAGUAUGCACUAAUUUAAGCAUCUAUAGUAAGUUAACCAAUUUAUGUUCGCGGAUUUUGAGUGCAACGUUGCGUCCCGAGCAUGGGGAUAUGGCUAAUACAGCCGCUGAGGUGAUAAAGUCUCUGUCACCGUUGAUUCUUCAUCACAAAGAUCAGGCGCGAACAUUUGCAUUGGGGUUUGUGACUGUUCAAAUAGUGAAUGUGGCAAAUGAAUCCGAUGGAGUUAGGAACGCUCUGGUGAAUCUUCCAAGGUAUUUGGUUCAGAAGGCACCAGAGAAAUCCGAGCCUCGUGGUCUAGCUGUAGAUUCAAUAAUGGAGGUUGUUAAAGUGAUGGAAUUCAAGGAUCAAAUUGGGUUUGUGGAUUAUGUAGUGAAGAUGACACGAGGGAAGUCUAAUCUUAGGCUGUUAGCUGUUGAUCUUAUAUCAAUGCUUAUAACGUCUUUGAGUGAUCCGCUGGCUGUUGAUUCGGGAAGCGAACUGAAGGAUUCAUGGGGUUAUGAGUGCUUGGUAGCAUUGAUUCAGCGUUGUUCAGAUGCGGGUGCUGCAAUUCGUGCUCGGGCACUAUCAAACUUAGCACACCUUGUGGCGUUCUUAUCUGAGAAUGACAAGAAUAAGGCCUUAUUGAAGGAAGUGUUGGGGUCUGAUGGCAGAAAUUUCAGAACGGAUGGAAGUGGAAUUCUUGAUCUUUUGCGAAAACGGUGUGUGGACGAGAAGGCAGCAGUUAGGAAGGCUGCAUUGUUUCUGGUUACCAAGUGCACAGCCCUGCUGGAUGGAGCAAUGGAUGGAGAUAUGCUGAAGACUGUGGGAAUUGCUUGCUCAGACCCACUUGUUAGCAUACGGAAAGCUGCAAUGUCAGCUCUUUCUGAGGCCUUCCGUAGAUUCCCAGAUGAAAGUGUAAUUGUCGAGUGGCUACAAUCUGUUCCACGUUUAAUUGCUGAUAAUGAAUCUAGCAUUCAAGAAGAGUGUGAAAACUUGUUUCAAGAGCUAGUACUAGACCGGUUGUCUAGUGUUGGAUCCUCAAGUUUACCCUGUGAUGGAUCAAAAACCAUUGAUUCAAAUAGGGAAUUUGAGUUGUUAUUUCCUGAAAGAGUAUUGGAUCUUCUUAAAGAGAUAAGUCAUUCAGAGGUAAUGCCUUGGGUAAAGAAAGUUUGUGCUAACUUGGGGAAAAAAAAUCGAUUAAAGCGCACAAUUUCUGUUUCACUUCAGACAAUUAUAAAGACAUCUGAAUCUUUUUGGUUAAGCCAUUCUUUGCCCCCAGAGAAGUGGACAGCUCCCCCGGGUGCCUGGUUCCUGAUAUCGGAAGUAUCAGCUUAUCUUGUGAAGGCAGUUGACUGGGAGUUCCUUCACCAUCACUGGAAACUCCUUGAUAAUCAUGGUAGGACUGCGUUUCAGUGUUCAGUGGCUCCAGCAGGUGUAUUCGAAGACGAAAACAGUCCGGAGUCAAAUUCCAUUGCGUGGGCUCGAGAUCGAGUUUUUCUCUUGCAAACCAUCUCUAAUGUUUCUCUUGAGCUGCCUCCUGAACCUGCAGCAGAUUUGGCUCACGAAUUGCUUAAAAGAAUCGAAGAGUUCAGCAUGCAUUCAACAGAGGUGAAUGCUCACGUAAAAACACUUAAAACAUUGUGCAAGCGAAAGGCUUCGCAAUCUGCUGAAGCCGAUGCCCUCAUCCUAAAAUGGGUAAACCAGCUGCUUUCUAAAGCCUCUCACAUAUUGGAGAAGUACAUAUCUAAGCAUGCAGAAGCAAAAAAAGAUGUGAACUUCAUAACACCACCUCCUAAAAGUGGUAGUAGAAUGGGGAAGAAAGCAACUGCGAAGAGCAAGGUCUUGUCACAAGCAAUUACUGCAGUUUACACCAUUGGCUCUUUGAUUCUCAUCUGUCCAUCUGCUGAUAUGACUACCAUCAUACCACUGCUCCACACCAUUAUCACUUCUGGUAACCGUGAUCCCAAAUCGAAUAAACUACCGAUACAAACAGUAUCUCUAAAGGAAAUUGCCCCUUCUUUAUACGUUCAAGCAUGGUUGACAAUGGGAAAGAUUUGCCUUGCUGACGAGAAGCGUGCAAAGAGUUACAUUCCUCUAUUUGUACAGGAGCUUGGAAAUAGUGACUGUGCGGCUCUUCGCAACAACCUUGUUAUCAUGAUGUCUGACUUUUGUGUACGCUAUACCGCUCUAGUUGAUUGCAACCUUAAAAAGAUAACAAAGUGUCUUCGCGACCCUUGUGAGCUUGUCAGAAGACACACAUUUAUACUUCUAUCAAGAUUACUACAGAGAGACUAUGUGAAAUGGAGAGGGAUUCUGUUUCUUCGAUUUCUCUUGUCACUGGUUGAUGAAUCAGAGAAGAUUCGUCAACUAGCAGAUUUCCUUUUCGGGAACAUCCUAAAAGUGAAGGCGCCACUUUUGGCCUACAACAGUUUUGUAGAAGCAAUUUAUAUCCUGAAUGACUGUCGUGCCCAUUCUGGACAUAAUGAUUCGAAGGCUUCACGAGCUGAGAGCCGGCUAUUCUCCAUUCGAGGUAACGAUGAACGGUCGAGGUCCAAGAGAAUGCACAUUUAUGUUUCUUUGCUAAAACAAAUGGCUCCCGAACACCUUUUGGCCACUUUUGCCAAGUUAUGUGCAGAGAUUCUUGCUGCAGCAUCAGAUGGUAUGCUUAAUAUAGAUGAUGCCACUGCACAAUCUGUUCUGCAGGACACCUUUGCUAUUCUUGCUUGUAAAGAGAUCCGAGUAUCGGUAAAUCGUGGAUCAUCAUCAGAGUCUGCUGAUGCAGAUGAGGAAGGAGGGGACAGCGGAGCAGCAUCUGCAGCUACUGCCAGAGGAAGGGCCAUAACUCAGGCAGUGAAAAGGAGUCUCAUCCACAACACCGUCCCCAUCUUCAUAGAGUUGAAAAGACUAUUGGAAAGCAAGAACAGUCCCCUUAUAGGUUCCCUGAUGGAAUGUCUUCGAGUUCUUCUCAAAGACUACAAGAACGAAAUCGACGACAUAUUGGUAGCCGAUAAGCAGCUUCAAAAGGAACUCCUCUACGACAUCCAAAAAUACGAAGCAGCAAAGGCGAAGUCGACCGUCGCGGAGGCUGUCAACGAGAUGCAGAAGUCGACCAGCUAUCUUUCUCCGGAGGUUCCUCCUCAUGCCAGAAGCUCCAUGAACAAGUUAGCCAAAAAGCUCAAAAAAGACUCGAAAGUUGCUUCAGCCAUUGCUGAUGCAGCGGCUGCAGCCACAGCGAGGACUGUACUGGAGGAGGUGAAUAAAGGGGCUUUGACACCGCCCCUCAGUUCUCUAAGUUUGCCUAAACUCAAGUCUCGUACAGGAGGAAACAAUACCAGAAAUGCCUUGCACUUGGAUGUGAUUGAAUCUUUGAGGAAACGGCAGUCUUUUGAGUCUGAUGAAGAAAACUGAUGUGCAUAGCCUAACAGGUAAUAUAGUGAUAUAGCUACAAAAUUAGUGGAGUUUUGUAUGUAUCAUAUGAUUAUUAUUAUUAUUAUUUUCUUCUGUUUAAUGGGGGCCUAGUUGAAUGGUUAGAAGUAUUGGCCAAUGGCAUUGGCAUCCAUGUUUGAGGUGGGAAAUCUUCGAUUUGAUUGAGGUUGUCGAGCUCAGAAAUAAGAAUAAACUUCAAAUCUAAGUAGAGUUGGAGGAGUGUGAAGAAUGUAUUCCCCAUCUUCAUCUUAUUAGAAGUAAGUCGUUAUUUUUUAA